AUGAGACUGUGCUGGUUUGUGAUCGGAUGGCUCUUUUGCCUCGCUGCAGCGCAGGAUUACUAUGCUAUAUUGGGUGUCGCGAAGGACGCAUCUGAGAAGGAUAUCAAGUCUGCGUACAGGCAGAUGUCGAAGAAAUGGCACCCUGAUAAGAAUGCCGGGGACGACGAGGCUCAUCACAAGUUUAUAGAGAUCGGUGAGGCAUACGAGGUUUUGAGUGACUCAGAAAAGAGGGCCACGUACGACCGGUUUGGUGCGGACGCGCUGAAGAACGGCGGUGGCGGUGGUGGUGGGCAUCCCGGUGGGUUCGGUGGCGGUGGGUUCCACGACCCGUUUGACCUGUUUAACCAGAUGUUUGGCGACAGCCACCCUGGCGGACAGAACGUGAGGAAAGGUUCCAAUCUCAUCGUGAAGGAUUCUGUCACUUUGAAUGGGUUCUACCACGGGUUCUACGCGAACCUCACUCUCGAUCUGAACGACGACUGUGAGCAUUGUCACGGGUCAGGUGCGGAGGACAACCAGUUUGCGACUUGCGAGACCUGUCAGGGCCGCGGUGUGAUAAUCCAGGUGAUCCAAAUGGGGUUCAUGACGCAACAGAUCCAACAGGUGUGUGGCGCAUGUCAAGGUAAGGGGAAGACAAUCAAGCACGUCUGCAAAAUUUGUCGUGGUGCAAGAGUCGUCAAGACGCCCAAGACUUUCGAAAUCUCUGUCCCAGCAGGUGCUCAGAGAAACUAUAAUGUGGUCAAGAGUGGGCAAGCGGAGAAGGUACCCGAUAUGCAAAGCGGUGACCUCGUCUUCGUAUUCGAGGAAAACUCCCACGAGAACUUAGGGUACCGCAGACGCGGUGACCACCUUUACAGAACGGAGGUACUGCAUUGGAAGGAGGCGCUACUCGGUGGGUGGGAAAGACGCAUUGCAUUCUUCGACGACCAGAAACAGGUGGUUGUCAAAAGAGAUAAGAACGUCGUCACUGCACCGGGCGAAAUAGAAAGGGUGCCCAACUUGGGUAUGCCCAAGUUGAACAGCAAGGGUAAGAGCACCAAUGCGUACGGUGACUUGUUCAUCGAGUACGUCAUCGUGAGCCCAAAGGAGUUCCCCAGCGGCAAGGGCUCACCAGAAAUUAUCAGAGAUGAGUUGUAA